CGCGGAUAUCACAUUAUAUUAUUUGGAUUAUAAAUUAUUAUUGGGAUACAAACUAGAUCGUCGUAUGAAAUAUUAUGUAAAAUAUCUAAUGGUAGUUUAGAUUGUGGUCAGAAACGCUUUUUGCAUUAUUAAAUGAGUGGUUGAGUCUCGGAGAGGUCAGUGACAGUGAAGGGCGCUAGAGAGUCGGUCCGGGCGGAACCGGACACUGUCUGUCGCUCUGGUUCCGGUCAGGAUCGGUCCAGUAAACCCGAAUCACCAUGGCGUCCGCCGGUCCACCCGACACGGGCUUAUCCGCCCCUCCAGAUCUGAGGACUCCUUUUUGGAGGCUGUUGGCCUCACGGAGAGGGUCCAGUGGAAUUCGAAAGAUGACAUUGACGGAGGGGCCGGGAUCAUCUCAGAGUAUGAAGAAGACUAUUGGUCACAGAGGAGUUGACCCCACUGGAGAAACAACUUACAAAAAGACGACUUCCUCCGCCCUCAAAGGUGCCAUCCAGCUGGGAAUCACACACACGGUGGGCAGCCUCAGUCAGAAAGCAGAGAGAGACGUUCUCAUGCAGGACUUCUAUGUAGUGGAGAGCAUCUUCUUCCCGAGUGAAGGAAGUAAUUUGACUCCAGCACACCACCACGGUGACUUCAGGUUUAAGACCUACGCCCCCAUCGCCUUCCGUUAUUUCAGAGAACUCUUUGGCAUUCGACCUGACGAUUAUCUGUACUCUCUGUGCAAUGAUCCUUUGAUUGAAUUGUCCAACCCUGGAGCGAGUGGAUCGAUAUUUUAUGUGACAAGCGAUGAUGAGUUCAUUAUUAAAACAGUGCAGCACAAAGAGGCAGAGUUCCUGCAGAAGCUACUGCCCGGCUACUUCAUGAAUCUGAAUCAGAACAAGAGAACGCUGCUCCCCAAGUUUUACGGCUUGUAUUGCGUGCAGGCGGGCGGAAAGAACAUCCGGAUUGUUGCAAUGAAUAACCUGUUGCCCUGUAGUGUGCCUAUGCACCUCAAAUAUGACCUAAAGGGCUCCACAUGCAAGCGCCGUGCCUCCCCCAAAGAGAGAGAGAAGAGCGUCCCCACUUACAAAGAUCUGGAUUUCAUCCAGGAUAUGCCCGAGGGCAUCCAGCUCGAACCUGACAACUACAACGCCCUCUCCAAAACCAUCCAGAGGGACUGCCUGCUGCUGCAAAGCUUUAAGAUCAUGGACUACAGUCUUUUGGUGGGAAUCCAUAACUCGGAUCAGGCAUCCCGUGAGCAGCGAGCAGGGGCAGUAGAGGCCGGGGGGUCCGAGGGGGCCGUGACGCCAGACCACAGGAGGCCACAGGCUCAGAAAGCUCUCUACAGCACCGCUAUGGAGGCCAUACAGGGAGAGGCCAAAGGGAAAGGAACCCUGGAAACAGAGGACCAAUGGGGAGGAAUCCCUGCACGCAACAGUAAAGGAGAGAGAAUACUGAUUUACAUUGGGAUCAUCGACAUAUUACAGUCAUACAGAUUUAUUAAAAAAAUAGAGCAUUCCUGGAAGGCCUUGGUUCAUGAUGGGGACACGGUCUCUGUACAUCGCCCCGGAUUCUACGCGGAGCGCUUCCAGCGUUUCAUGUGCAGCACAGUUUUUAAGAAAACACUGAAAUCAUCCCCCUCAAAGAAGAACCGAAGUGGCUGUUCGAGUUUUGUGAGACGGCUUCCGAUGGGAAGCUCUGCUUCUGCUCCCGGUGGACAGACAGUUGCUGACGCCAGACUCCUGUACCGUACUCAUCCUCACCAGACCGACUCAGAAGGAGAGAGUGGCAUGCACCUGGGCAGACUCGACCUGCUCCCAAAUCCUUUGACUGGAAGCUCCAGUGAGUUUGGGGCAACAGACCUGCCAAACUCUUCACCUGGCAGCACAGGAAUGACAUCGUCUUCACCUCCUCAAAGGUCUGUAGGGGUGGAGGUGCACAAAUCUGCAGUCGUUGAGCCUGACAGCAGCGGCCCUCAGAGCUCUGGAGGCGAAUGCUUAGAUGAACAGCUGAGCAACAAAGAUGCCAUUUCACUCAAAGACAUCAUCCCAGAAACUGACAUUUGAUUUGUAUGUUUUAAAUGAACAAAUGUUACAAAAAUAUUC